AUGGGAGGAAGAACAUCCAAGGCCGAACCUACACCGGGAAACCGAAGGGAUCCGGAUUUUACUCAGUUCAAGGCACGGGUUGAUCGGGUGUAUAUAGCAGGCCUCAGCCGAACGUACGACGACUACGUGCAGCGUGCGGCACGCCACCUGUUUAAGGUUCAGAACUUUCAGGACGUUAUCGUAGAAACGGCAAACGUCAAAGAUGAGCUGUUGCGAUUAGGCAUCUUCAAGAACUUACGCAUCGCGAUCGAUACUAGUAAAAGUGAGGAUGCGACCAAAAACGGUUACACGGUCACGUUCACGGGCGAGGAACUUUCCCGGAUUACUGGAAACGUUGGGGUAGAAGUUGGCCAAAACGAUGGAGCGGCUACCACAGAACUGGUCACACCUAAUUUGUUUGGACGCGGGGAACGGCUAAGCAUCAAUCUAAGCCGCAGCUACGUCCGCAACAGUGUACUGAACAUGAAGUUCACCAAACCCUUCCUGCAUACGGCUGUCGGCGAUUAUGAACCGGAGACCUCAGUUACCCUGUUCCGCAAUGCGUCCCCUCAUCCCUGGUCCAAGUAUCGGCUCGAGGAUAAUGGGAUGCUGUUUGACUUUUCCUUCGCCAUACCGUCACUCGGCUUCAGCAACAGUCUCCAGUACGAGCUGGGCAUGAAGGAACUGUUCGCGUUGGACAAGCAGACACCAUUCUUCGUGCGUGAACACUGCGGUCCGCGGCUUGUGUCUACUUUCCGGUACAUCGGUCAGUACGAUGGGCGGGACGAUAGUGUUUUUCCCUCGAACGGUGUGUACGUGAAGGGUACGACUGAACUGAUCGGUAGUCAGCUUUCCCAGCUCGGUAUCGUCCGGCAGGAGAUGCAUGCGGAAUUGAACGUACCACUGUUUCUCGGUGCAUCGUUGCAACUGUGCGGUCGGAUCGGUGCAAUAUUGCAGGACAAGCGUAAGGAAUCGUUACCGAUCCAUCAGCUAUUUUUCCCCGGUGGACCGCAGACGUUGCGUGGUUUCGAGCUGGCCGGUGCCUGUCCACGGCGCGACGGUAUUGCGGCCGGCUGCCAAUCGUACUGGGGUACCGGGUUGCAUCUGUGGAGCCCGCUACCUUUUAAUCAGUACUUUGGCGGGUUUGGCAAUCUGUUCCGCACUCAUGCGUUCUAUAAUAUUGGCACGUGCGAUACUUACACGACAGAUAAACUACGCAGCACGGCAGGCAUCGGGAUUGCUUUCCGUAUGGGCCAGAAAGCGCGUAUCGAGUUCAACUACUGCCAACCGCUUUCGUAUGAAGCGGGCGAUCGAGUGGUGAAAGGGUUCCAGUUCGGCAUCGGUUACGAAUUCGUCUAA